AAGGGAGACUCAGAGGGCAUUCCGAACCCGGAUUCCUCGUAUUCUAUGAAGAACAGGUGACUGGGAUGUCAUUCAAGGAUCUCAUCCUGUUCGAUGAUAAUCAAUGCUACUAUACCUCUUGGUCUCUUGUGGUAGCUAUGGCCCAACGAUCUCUCCAUGUCAUCACCACUAAUCCACUGCCUUCCAGUCACUGGGAAGAAAUUGCGCAGCUUGGACUUAUUACUUCCUGCUCGCUCAGAACACCCGGUCUUACAUCUUUGGAUGUUUCUGAGGAUCCUCCCGACAAGUCUCUUCAUGCGCAAAUUUCAUGGAACACUUUCUUAGAACAAGACUCUUUCCCUUCACCAGAUCACGAAAUGGAGGAGAAAAAAAUUGAGCUUCUCUUCGGACCGCGUCUUUCUGGGAAGACUACAUUUCUUGUGAACAGAUUGAAAAGGAAGUACGUACAUGAAAACGAGAAAAUUCUGAAGGUCAAGGAUAUGGCAUUCGAAGCUCGGAUUAUGUUCGUCGACUGCAGCAUAUGGAACAGGAAUGAAAAUUUGAAAAGCCUCUCUCUGGUGGCAAUGAAAGAGAGGAUUAAACGGACAGGGCUAGAAAACGUUGUUGGGGUCUUGGAUAUUCACGACCUGUUAGAGAAAUAUGAACUCUGGCGUCAUUCAUCUCUUUCUCCUCGAGUUAUUGAGAAACUUCUGGUGAAGAUGUUGGAGAAUGAGGAGGAGGAAGGUCGAAGACUCCAUAUCGCCUUCGACAAUGCUCCUGUCUAUCCGAUUGGAGAGCCUGGAGACACAGAAGGUUUGAGGGAAGAGUGGGAAUCCAUUCUUGGGUCUCUCUCCUCACGAUUUCCCAACUCCCUCGCUUCUCUCACCAUCGCCUUCCAGCCGUAUAUCCGAUAUGCAACAACCACCUUUGACGUGAAGGAAUUUUUUAUGGGUUUCCAAUCAUCCCCAGGGACAGAGGCACGGGUCGUGGUCCUAAGGGGUUGCCGUGAUGUGGGCUUCCCCCGCUUGCUUCACCACGUUCUCUCCCAUGAAUCCCCCAAGGAACUGAGGGUGAAGCCAGGGACCCUGAACACGAGACCCCAGCCCUCCUCUCUCGUGUUCGGUGAGAAACCAAUACUCAUCACUAGUCCUUCUGACGGACAUUACCAUGGAAAAUGGAAAUGCAUCGGUGGCCGUGGUCGAGGAUGCGUCGCUGUCACCGCUGCUGCUUACUUUCAUUCCCAAGAACUCGGGGACGUCGUGGUGCUAAUUUCGGAUGGAGAGAUCCGAGUGACUUUCACCGAAGCUCUCAGAUUGAUGAAAAUAGCGAGUGGUGUAAAUCAGGGUGAAGUGCCACGUAUCUACCAUCCGAAGGAAUAUCGAGGGUGUGAGAGUUCACAGGUGAUGUGCGUGGGGAUUGAGGACUCCUGGGUGGUGGAGGGGAUCUCCAGAGCCAUUCGGACCCUCUUCAUCGUCGACGGGGGAACUUCCUCCGUAGCACAAAGCCGGAUGCGACUCUGGAUGGAGAUGGACCGGAGAGGACUCCUCCAUCGUACUCAAUCAUCCUUCCAUGCACUCGUCUCCCUUUCCUCUAAUGACUGGAUAGAAUUGGAUCAAAUAAGCCACUUCCUAAAAGACCCUUCGAGAUCUAAGAAGGAGGAAGAUGCGAGGAGAGUGGUUUGUCCGUCAGCAGGUUUGCAGAGGAUUUUCGCCAUGGCAAGAGGUCAAGACCUGAGAGCUGGGAUGUGGGAAGUUCAUCCCUCCCAGACUCUGUGGGUCAACAGUCCCGGUGGUAUUGGGGACGUAUACCUGGCUCACUCUGGCAGACUCAUCCACGGGACAGGGGGAGAGGUGCGCAUACUCCAUCUAGAGGAGAAGGAUCCCCGUGAGGCCCCCUAUAGAUGGGACGAGGUUCUUCGCAACCCCCUUCAAUUCAUCAGAAGCACCACCGGAUGUAUCAUUCAGAACUCCCUCUUCCUCUUGGGGAUGAUAUUGGAUCCUCACACCAUCCUUGUCUUGGGUGGUCAGGAUUUCGAAGCAGAGAAACAAGUCUCCAGCUGCGAGUACUUGGACGUGAGAACAGGACAGUGGUCUUCGUUUCAAGACAUUCCCCUUCCUCUCUCAGGUCUUGCAGCUACCGUCUAUCAUGAUCAACUUUAUAUCUCGGGUGGAUGGGAUGGGAUGGAGUCUAGGAGGGAGGUGUGGAGGUGCAGGGUGAAAGGAGGGCAAUGGGAAGAACUCCCCUGUUUAAAUAACCCAAGAGGUCAUCACGGGAUGAUGGGAAACGGCAAAGGGGGGCUCUCUGUUAUCGGUGGAUUAUUUCAAAGGGGUUCACAAUAUGAAGAAGUUCUUGAGACGGAGACGUUUACCCUUGAUGUAAGAGGAGGAUGGGUGAAUCAGGGGACAUUUCCCUUCGACAAAAUAUGGAAGGCGACGGAUAUGAACGUUCCAAUAUCUGGCUUCAAGCGCGGGAGCAGUUGUGAAGAGUUCGUUCUCUCUGUAUCCGAAGAUGUAAAGACGUCGCACACAUAUAAAGAGAAGUCAGUCGAUGGGUUUCGGUCUUAUUCGCCGACAAGUUCAGGGCCGCUGUCGGAGCUUGAGGAGGAGGUCUCCGACAGAUGUCGGUGUUGCUUUCUAUGGGGGAGGUCGUUCGUCGUUGUCUCCCUCAGGGUCUCGGAGGUCAUUGAUCCUAUGAGGGGGGGGAAGGGAAAAGGGAUGACGCUUCCUAAGGCUCUGAGUUUGCUGGGGACUAAGUCCGCUGGUCAGCUCGAGAUUUGGGAGGCGGGUAAGGGCUCUCAGCCGAUGGUCGCAAAGGACGGGAUCGGGAUAGUCGAUACGGCCGCUCGCCGUGCU